CUUUCAAUUUGGCAAUCUUCAAAAGGGAGUCAAUAUGGCGCGUUUUAGGGCCCAACACCUGGCUCUGCUUUGUCUCAUUUUUUUACCCUCGUUGAGUUACGGAAACCUCGUAGUUGAGAAAGUAUCUCGCAAACACAACACAGACAAGGUUAGAAGUAACACCCCAAGAAGAAUAAACUCUUCGAGGUCUCUUAACCUGCAGAGGAAGUCUAAGGAAACAGGUGAAACAGUGAAAGGAACACGAAAGAAUUUUAGCCCUUUCAUUUCUAGCUACGAAGGAUCGCACUUUUCUGAAGCUCCGUUACCGAUUCACAUCGAGCAUCUCAAAGACUACCCAGUUCCUGUUGCAGUCAAAAAGGAAACUUCUGAACAUAUUUUACACGUGCACAUCCAUGACAAAAAUCCUUGCAAAAAUGGCGGAUUACUUUCUAAAGACGUAGCAGGAAGUUAUCGCUGUAUUUGCCCACCUCCGUUUGCUGGAGCCACUUGUGAAAUACAACAGUAUUGUUUCUCUGGACCAUGCAAAAAUGGAGGCAAGUGCCUAGAGAUCAACAAUGGUUAUAAAUGCACAUGCCUCACAGGCUUCACUGGUGAUGAUUGUGAAGAGAAAACUUACUGUUCCCCCAACCCCUGUGAACAUGGAGGUACAUGUGUUGAGACCCUCCAAGGCUACAAAUGCGUUUGUCAGGACGGUUACCAGGGGGAAGAUUGUAAAGGUACUGAUGCUUGUUGGCCUAACCCUUGUCAACAUGGUGGAAGCUGUGAAAGCAUAAAUGGUUCCCCACGCUGUCUGUGUCAACCGCAAUAUCAUGGAACUUACUGUCAUGAGAGAUAUAUCUGCUAUGUGAAUCCUUGUCAUAAUAGAGGAAGAUGCGUAGAGAAUCCUUUGGCCCCCUGUCUUUGUCAAAACGGAUACGUAGGAAAAUACUGCGCUGAUCACGUGUGUCGACCUAAUCCAUGCCUACACAGAGGCACUUGCAGAGUGGUAGACCAUCCUCUAGGGUCCAGAAACAACAGAUGGAAAUAUCACUGUACCUGUCCAGAGUGGUAUCGAGGGCAUAUUUGUCAUAUUCCUCAUCCGUGCAUUCGUCAACCUUGCUUAAACGGGGGCACCUGCGUGGAUCCCUUCAAUUCCAAGGAAGAGAACGAAGAUCAACCUGUUUAUGAUGUAGCGCUUCCUUGGUCGCACUUACACUUCCACUGCCACUGUCCGCCUGGUUUCAUUGGAUCUAGAUGCGAAACUGAUGUUUGUUCGUUGUGCCAUCAUUUUGCUGAAUGUAUUGACCAUCAUUGUGUCUGCAAGCGUGGCUACAUCGGAGACGGAAAUUAUUGUAAAAAGCCAACAAAUAGAUGUCAUCCUAAUCCUUGUCUUAAUCAAGGAACGUGCUCUGAACGACAGGACGGUAGUUACGACUGUGAGUGCGUCCCAGGAUAUUGUGGACUUCAUUGCAAAGAUAUAUGUGAACCAUGUUUGUUACGGCCAUGUUUAAAUGGAGGGGAAUGCAUUCCAAAGGGAGAGAAACGCAUAUGCAUUUGCAAACCGCCUUACCUUCCACCUGACUGUAAUGGGACUGUUGUUAAUCGAUGUAUUCCAAAUCCUUGCAAAAAUGGUGCGAAGUGUAGGUUUUUGCCUGAGAAAGAUGACUACAUUUGUGAUUGCCUUGGUAAAUUCUCUGGAAAGGAUUGCACCAAUUGCGACUGUCCUAAGGCGAAACCACGACCAGAUGGGAAAGAAGUAAUUGACGCUGAAUGCGACGAUGUCGGGGAAUGUUUUUGUCCACCUGUUGCUGAUGUUGAUAAAGUCACAUUUACGGAAGGUGGCUGUGUUCUUGGAGGUCAAACCUUUUGCUUUAGUGCGCCAUGCAGGAACGGAGGAACAUGCGUGGAUACUUUGGCUGGAUUCAGAUGUGAUUGCGUUUCUCCAUUUUACGGAACUUUUUGUGAAUGCACUUCCUGUUUAUGUGUUAAGCCUUGUAAGAAUGGCGCUACUUGCGUAGACAUCGCAACGAGACAAUACAAGUGUACCUGCCCGCCCGGUUACACAGGACCUGACUGCUCAGCUCCAGUGACACCAACAGAAAAGCACUGUAGGAAUGUCAACUGCCAGCAUGGAGGCACUUGUGUAGAGCGUCUAAAUGGGUACGAUUGUAUCUGCACACCACAGUACACAGGACCCCACUGUGGAGUCGACAAGUGCGCCAAUUGUCAUGAGGAUGCAGAAUGUGUCUAUGGACGUUGACGCUGUAGAGAGGGUUACGUUGGGACUGGAUAUGUGUGCGUGAAAGAUAAGGAUAAAGAAUGUGGUAUCUGCCCUGUUCAUCACCACUGUGCACAGGGAGUCUGUGUUUGUAUUCCCGGGUUCAUUUGUCAAGAUAAUGGGCGUUAGAGACGCUUUAUAACCUAUUGUUGGAAAUUAUUCAAUUGCAUGCAUGUAUGUUACUUCAAAGACUACCAACGUGACACAGUCAUUAUAACGAAACUUAAUUAAUAGUAAAAAUGAAAAUGUCCUUGAUUGUGAUUGGUUUAAAAAAGCUCCCCUUUUUCAGCAUCAGACAGUUUUUUAUCGGCCAGUUUAAUAAGCCAAUCAUAUUCCAAGUUGUAGUUUAAAUCAACAAAUCGCAUUCAAAGCUUUUGUUUAAAUCAACCAAUCACAACCUGGGUUUCUUUUAAUGCAAUUUUUUUUCCUCUCUUUCAUAAAUUGGCUAUUCUUCCUUACUCGGAAAUUAUAAUUUUUAUGAUUAAUUGGUAAUAAGACUUCGUGUCGUCCAAUUCGGUCUGUAGCAAAAUCGUACGACCUCGCAGCGGGAGUCCGAUUUGUUUAUCACUCAAUCCCAUUGCUAUUACUUAACUGUAUUGUAUGAUCUAAAAAAUAAAUAAAUAAAUAAGGAAUUCCUUUGAAACCAAUUAAAGAGAAAGAAAAAGCCCGUUUAUUUGUAGCUGGCCUAAUUGAUCACCUGAACCAGGUCUAGCUUCCGUGGCAACGUCUCUUUCAUUGUAUGCAGCACAUGGCUUAUAAACAAUAUCUACAUGGUUUCUAAGAUCCCGGUAAAUGGUAAAUGGUAAAUUGUAACGUAACCUCGCGUUGUACCAGCUUUGUGUUUAGUUUAUUGUAAAUAGCCAGCUAUGUUGCUUUAUAAUGACAAUAAAAUCGUGCGCUUCUUGCAAAGUGCACGCAAAGAACUAU